AUGGGGUCGAGUAGGAAGAUUGGCAGGCAAGGCUUGAAAAGAGCAGAAAUCUACUCAAAAGGAGGUCAAGAGAAGUUUUUGCCAAGGCAUCUAUUAUUCAAGGGUACCAAUGACGCUGUGCCAAAGCUGCUGCCGCAGCGGCCCUCUUCCCCACAGCAAGCUGGAAGGGCUGCAAGGAACUCACUGCACAUAGGAGUUCUGGUGUCCGUACUUUCGCUUAUCACUUACUGUCUCAUCAGAGACAGGCAUCGAGUAAGAGACCUGAGUGGAAAGCACAUCUUCAUAACAAGCUGUGACACCGGCCUUGGAAACUCACUGGCUAAAUGGCUUGACAAAAGAGGGUUUCCUGUCAUUGCUGCGUGCAUCACAGAAAGAGGAAGGCAAGACCUCCGGUCCUGCUGCUCACCUUCACUGAAGACAGUGAACCUGAACUUGGCUGACUCCAGCAGCAUUGCCAAGGCUGUGCUAUUUGUGACGGAAGAAACUGUUGGAAAGGGGCUUUUUGGCUUGGUGAACAAUGCUGAAGGAACAACACCCAUGGCACCCACUGACUGGCUAGGGAUAGAAGAUUUCCACUCAGUUCUGGAGGUUGGUCUAAUAGGAUUGAUUGAAAUCACACUGAAGCUUCUACCGCUUCUGAAAAAAGCUGAGGGAAGAAUAGUCAAUCUCGUCAACGCCAAAGGCCUGGUGGCACUUGCAGGAGGUGGUUAUAGCCUGUCCAAGUGGGGAAUGGAGGCUUUUUCUGACAUUCUACGGAUAGAGAUUCAGCAUUUUGGAGUGAAAGUAAGCAUUAUAGAGCACAGUUUCUUUAAGACAGGAGUAAUUAGUUCAGAUAUCAUUGAGAGAGACCUCUUAAGACUUUGGAACAGACUGACUCCUGAGAUCAGAGAUGCCUAUGGAGAAAAAUACUUUGUUGAAUAUAUAAAAGCUCAAAGAUUAUCAGUGAGAAGACUGUGUGACUCUGAUCUUUCUAAGGUCGUGAAAUGCAUGGAACAUGCCCUGAUAGCAAAGUACCCCAGGGCACGAUACGGAGUUGGAUGGGAUGCAAAGUUCUUCUGGCUUUUUCUCUCCUAUGCACCAACCUGUUUAUCUGACACACUGCUGUUUAUAGUGCUCCCUCGUCUGACUGAUGUAGAGAGAAUGCUCAUGAAAAUAACUUUCUUUAACAGCCCUAUUGUGACUGAGAACAAAAUGGUGCUAAAAUCUCUAAAAAUGGGCCUUCUUUCAAACAUUACAGAGUCCAAAAUUCAGGAUGACAACAGCAACUGGCCUCAUAAGGAGAUGAGAACUGAGGAAUCAAGUUAUGGAGAAAAACUAAAGCUUCUGUUCAACAGAAGAGCAAAACUUAAGUUUUAG